CAGCGAGGAAGACGCGUGCGCCUUGUUUGACUUUACGUGAAAUUCACCUGUUUUUAUCGGAGUAACUUGUGUUUUGGUUGUUGUAACUACUCCUGACACUAGAGCUGGUUUUCCGGUCGGAGGAACCGCCUUCUCAAAACCGACUCUUAAGAACUAAAUCUUCAUUAAACGGCAGAAAUGUGUGUUUUCGCUGGAGCAGCCGAGUUACGUUGUGUGGCGUCUGCAUCCGAGCUAGCAGGCGUAGCUAGCAUGACGCUCAGCCAAAGUCACAGCAGUCGUCUGCUCCUGGACCAUUUCCAGAUUUAAGAGGCGUCAGUCGUGGACCUCGUUGGCGCCUCGGUUUGUCCUCAAUCCACAGAAAACUGAGAUGGAGUUUGCUCAGCUGGUAGGAAGGAGUCAAAGUCAUCAACAAAGAUCGAGGCUAUUCACAUGACACCAAAGAACACCUGCGACCAGAGACAGAGGUUCUCCUCCUGUAUACAACCACCUGUUCUCAUGCCACACCUGAACCAUCUCCAUCACAACUGAGCAACUCCAAUUGCUGCUGAAGACCAUAAGAUUUAUUUCUCAGCUUGCUAUUUUCCUGUAAUAAAACAACCUUAAAGUUAAAAUAGUGUCAGCAGUAUGUCUUUUUCCUGUUUCAUCCCAGUUCGGUGUGGGUGAAGUUGACUGGCCUGCACAGAGCCCAGGUCUCAGCCCCAUCCAACACUUCUAGGAUGUGAACUGGAACAGGUCUUAUGUAAUUGUUUACUGAAGAAUAUAAUUCUUCCACAUUGCUAAAGAUGUGUCUUCAGUGUGCUCAGUGGUAGCUGCAGCCCUGGUCAGGACAUACCUGUCAAUGCUGACUGUUGUCCCUCUGUCGUGGUCUCAGAGGCCUUGAGGAGACCCAGACAUCCUCAGAAGGAGCAGAGCAUGAGGAGAUGAAUGGAGCGAAAGUGGAAGAAGGAGGACAAGGAGAGGAUUAUCAGCAGCUUCUUGCUGAAGGAGAGGCGACUGUCCCCGACGUCAAGACGCCAUCUACACCAACAAGUAUAUAACAAACAGAACCCGGACGAGCAGCUCGGUGACGGCGGCGUGGCGCCAGUUUCUGCGAACGAACUGAGAAACGAUGAUGAUGAAGAGGAAACGGUGCAUUCACUGACUGGUGGCGUACAACAGACGGCCCUGAACUUUGCUCCCGUGUCGACACUUGCAGACGGCGGUCUCCACAGCUGCUCCGUCUGUGGGAAGAGCUACCUGAGGCCGUCCAGACUCAAAGAGCACUUCAGGAUCCACCUGACGGAGAAGCUGCACCGCUGCUCGGUGUGCGCGAAGGCCUUCGCCACCGCCGCCAACCUGAGAGCGCACGAGAAGAUCCACAUGGCCAGCAAACCCCACGCCUGCAGCAUCUGCCCCAGGAGCUUCCUGAGGCCCUGCCUGCUCCGCAAACACAUGAGGAUCCACGUCAGGGACGGACUCAUCGCAGACCCCGCAGACCAGGACUUCUGGUUCAACAUGAAGACUGAGGAGAAGGGAGAGAUGAUGAUGAUGAUGAUGAAGAUGGAUGAGGAGGAAGACGGUCUGAAGGAGCAGGACUCAGAGGACCUUUCCACCAACACAGAGCCCCUCGCCGCUGAAUCCAGACCUCUGCCUGGUUACCAUGGUGACCAGGACAGCUCGCUGUUGACGGAGGACGACGGAGAGGGAAGGGAGGAGGCAGACGUCAGCGGGUUGAUCAACUCUGAUGGAGAGGAAGAGGACUGGAGGCCGGCGCUCAUCGAACAAGAUGGCCGCUCAGACGUCCAGGCAGACGGCGGCGGCGGGAAAAGGAAGCACAUCUGUCCGGUUUGUGGUCGAGACUGUUUCAAGGCGUCGGCGCUGCAGAAACACCUGAGGAUCCACUCGGGCGAGCGUCCGUUUCAGUGCCCCACCUGCAGGAAGAGCUUCACCCAGCAGGUCCACAUGACGGAGCACCAGAGGAUCCACACCGGGGAGAAACCCUACACCUGCGCCGACUGCGGCAAGAGCUUCACCUUCUCCAGCGCCCUGCGGCGACACCAGCGGCUGCACGCCGACGCCCGGCCGUACCAGUGCUCCGUCUGCCAGAAGACCUUCAAACAGCAGAGCUCGCUCAAGAGCCACGAGCUGACGCACUCAGGCGUCCGCUACCAGUGUCCGCUCUGCAGCAAGAGCUUCAGCCGCGCCCUGGAGCUCACCUACCACGUGGACGUGCACUCCGACGCCCGGCCCUACUUCUGCAACAUCUGCAAGAAGAACCUGAGCGGAGCCAGGAUCUUCCGCAACCACAUGAAGAAACACGAGUCACCAAACUCACCGCUGUCGCUGCUGCCGCCGCCGCGAGCCGGACCGAAGGACGGCGAGACCAUUUCAGAGGUCUGACAGCCGUCUCCAGGUCUUUAGUCAGGUGCUCAGGUGAGUGCCAGCAGAGGCUGUUAGGUACUCAGCCCAUACAUAACGUGGUCUUAAUAAACACACUCUUCCUCACGGCCCUCCUCUUCAGCUUCCUGCUUGGUAGAUGAUGAAGAUGCUCCUCUCAGUCUCAGAUCAGCUGGCUGUGGGUCACAUGUCUCUGAGGUGGUCUGACAGGUGAAUGUGGAUCAGACCAGAUCUGGACGUGGUUUAAGCAGCUCGCUGAUGUUGAGGAACAAACUUGUAUUUCCUUUUCGUCCUUAGAGGACGCCGCCGAGCGUGCGCCUGCUGCUUUAAGAGCAUCGUUCUCUCUCAGCGGAGUCUCCCUCAGGUAGAAGGCGGUUUCUGUGAAGUCCUGGAUCAGCAGCAGCUCUGACGUUCACUCUGAGCUGCUUCAGUAAAGCAGAGACGACAGAAGGACGAGUGUCUUCAGCUUCCUGUUCUUCAUCCAGCACGUUUAACAUGAGGGCUACACAUGGAUUAGCUUGUCUGUUAGCAUUAGCUUGUGGCUCAUUGGUGUGUUCUUUACUCUUUACUCUGUACGAACACACCCGUCUGUCUGCUGGGUGUGAACAUUGUAACACGACCCUGACUCAGUUCAGUCCCUGUGACACAUGUCCGACCAUUGCUCGUGUCCCCGCCCACCUGGUGUGUGAAUUCUUCUCAGGUGGACUCUGUGACUGACAGGACUGAACGUUCAGAAUGUUUUUAAAAGCAGCGUCAAUAUAAAACUUGAGUUUCAGUUCAGUCCAGAGUUAAACGACUGUAGGAUGAACCUCAUAUGAAGGUCAAAGGUCAGUGCCUUGCUCGAGGACACUUUGUGAAGCUGAUGAGUUAACCCAAAGACUGACUCCGCUGCUGCUGCUGAGCACGUUAGUGUCCGUAUCAUUUCAGCCCUGUAACCAAAGUAUCUCCUCACUUAUUUAUAGUAGAAAUCACUGAAAGUCUGCUGCCGUCAUCUUUGUAAUAAAGCGACUGAGACACCAAACGUUUGUCCUGGAGUCU